GAGCGAGGCUUUUCGACCAAAGGAAACGGAGCAUCUAGCAUCGCGGGACGGGAAAAUGAAAGACUUUGGAAGUCGCCAGGAAUCUGACUGUGAGCUGGUUUCCAAGAGGCUAAGUUAAGCUUCUCCAAGUGGAUAUUAAAAAGGAGCAGCAGGCCUGGCAGAGGGGCUGGAGGGGGUGGAGAGAAGGCCGCCGGAAGCCGCUCGCACGCCGCACCUCUGGAGCCACCGGGCGCACAAAGCCCAGACGGCAGUCCGGUCCGGCCGGGACCCUGGGGCUGCGGGAGGCCCGCGGCCCACGUCCGGCCCCCGCCCCGCCUCUUCGCCUCUAUUUCUCUGCCUCGGUCCCUUCUCCCUCCCGAUUCAAAGAGACAAUGCUAGUUCAGCUUGGAGCACAAACAUAUGAUCAGCACAUGGAAACGUGGUAAUUUGGAUGCAUUCGUGAUUGCAACAGAUUGAAGAAAUUAGACCAGACAAAGAGUGUUUUUGGAGGAGGAGGAGGAGGAGGAGGAGGAGGAGGAGAAGGAGGAGGCAGAAGGAGGGAGGGCGUCGGGGGUGAGAAGGGGAGGAAGCCUCUGGAAAGGGGGACGCCAGGACUCCCGCCUGCUGCUAAAUAUAUCCGUAGUAAUGGAGAGAGACCGGAUCACAGCCUUGAAAAGAUCUUUUGAGGUCGAGGAGGCCGAGACACCCAACUCCACCCCGUCCCGGAGGCUCCCGACCCCCCUGCUCCGGGCCACGGUGGCCAGCUCCACCCAGAAGUUCCAGGACCUGGGUGCGAAGAAUGCCGAGCCCGCAGCCCGCCAUGUAGACUCCCUCAGCCAGCGAUCCCCCAAAGCCGCCCUGCGGAGGGUCGAGCUCUCGGGGCCCAAGGCCGAGCCCGUGUCCCGGCGCACGGAGAUCUCCAUCGACAUCUCGUCCAAGCAGGUGGAGAACGCCAGCGCCACUGGGCCGUCCCGCUUCGGGCUCAAGCGAGCCGAGGCGCUGGGCCACAAGACGCUGGAGCCCGCCCCUCGGAGGACGGAGAUCACCAUAGUCAAGCCCCAGGAGUCAGCGCACCGGAGGAUGGAGACCCCCACCUCCAAGGCCCCCGAGGUGCCCGCCGCCCCCACCUCGGACGCAGCCCCCAAGAGGGUCGAGAUCCAGGUGCCCAAGCCAGCCGAGGUGCCCGCCUCCCCCGUCCCACCCCAGACCCUGGAGAAUUCGGAACACGCCCCGGUGUCUCAGCUGCAGAGCAGGCUGGAGCCCAAGCCCCAGCCCCCGGCGGCCGAGGCCCCACCCAAGAGCCAGGAGGCCCCCGAGGCAGCUCCGGGCUGCAUUGGCGACAUGGCCGACACCCCCAGAGAUGCCGGGCUGAAGCAGGUGCCCGCGCCCCGGAACGAGAAGGCCCCCGCGGACUUCGGCUAUGUGGGCAUCGACUCCAUCCUGGAGCAGAUGCGCAGGAAGGCCAUGAAGCAAGGCUUCGAGUUCAACAUCAUGGUGGUCGGGCAGAGCGGCUUGGGAAAGUCCACCUUAAUCAACACCCUCUUCAAAUCCAAGAUCAGCCGGAAGUCCGUGCAGCCGACCGCGGAGGAACGCAUCCCCAAGACCAUCGAGAUCAAGUCCAUCACGCACGAUAUCGAGGAGAAGGGCGUCCGCAUGAAGCUCACGGUCAUCGACACGCCGGGGUUCGGGGACCACAUCAACAAUGAGAACUGCUGGCAGCCCAUCAUGAAGUUCAUCAACGACCAGUACGAGAGAUACUUGCAGGAGGAGGUCAGCAUCGACCGCAAGAAGCGCAUCCCGGACACGCGUGUCCACUGCUGCCUGUACUUCAUCCCGGCCACCGGCCACUCCCUCAGGCCCCUGGACAUCGAGUUCAUGAAGCGCCUCAGCAAAGUAGUGAACAUCGUCCCCGUCAUCGCCAAGGCCGACACGCUGACCCUGGAGGAGAGGGUCUACUUCAAACAGCGGAUCACCGCGGACCUGCUGUCCAACGGCAUCGACGUGUACCCCCAGAAGGAGUUCGACGAGGAUUCGGAGGACCGGCUGGUGAACGAGAAGUUCCGGGAGAUGAUCCCGUUCGCUGUGGUGGGCAGCGACCACGAGUACCAAGUGAACGGAAGGAGGAUCCUCGGAAGGAAAACCAAGUGGGGCACCAUCGAAGUUGAGAACACCACCCACUGUGAGUUCGCCUACCUGCGGGACCUCCUUAUCAGGACACACAUGCAGAACAUCAAGGACAUCACCAGCAGCAUCCACUUCGAAGCGUACCGGGUGAAGCGUCUACACGAGGGCAGCACGUCCAACGGCGUCGAGGAGAAGGGGCCAGAAGCCCAGGAGAUGUAGACCCCCACCCCCACCCCCCAGGACCCCGCCCCCCAGUCCCUUCCACCGCCACCCCCAGGCCCGCCCACACGCCCUGUUUUAUUUUAUAUAAUUUCCUCCCUUUGUCGUCGUUCUCCGCCCCUUUCCACGCUGCCCAGUAACAAGAUGGCGUGUGCCCUCCUGAGUGUGUUCCUUGUUAGCCGCUGACUGUGGGGCCCGGACCGGGCGGGCCUCGGAGAGGAGGCUGCCUCUCUGGCCGUCCCGUGGCCAAGAGGAGCAGGAGAGGACCCGCUGAUGAGGGCCAGCCCCCAACCCCGGGCCCGGCUCCUGGUGGCCCUCGGCCACAGCCUCCGAGCGUGGUGGCCGUGAGCGGCCGCCGGCCUGGUGACCUGGACCCCCUUCCUGCCCCCUCCUCCCUCCGAGGCCCGGGCCAUAACUCAGAGCCCCCGCCCUUGCCCCACCCGGAGGGCAGAAUAGUCAAUUCUGUGAGACGCAAGUUGCCAGUUGCUUAGACACGGGGAGGCCCGUUGGCUGCUGCCCGCCCGCCCACCUGCCCGCUCGUCCUGGAGCAGAAAGUGCCUUUAUCUCAGCCGUCCACGAGCCAGCGCUCCCCCCCCCCACCCGCCCCACCGUCCCCUCCACCGCAACUCGGGGCAGCGCAGGGAGACAGGGAGACGGGUCCUUAUCUCUCCCUCGUCCCCCCUCCCCCCCGGGAUUGAGUCACUCAAAGGAAGGAAAAGGAUGCACCCCACUCUAGCCCACCCCCACCACGUCUGAGAAGGUCCGAGCAAGUGAAUCUGGGGGAGAGAGAGGUGGCAGGUGCGGGCAGCAGGGGGCCGGGCCCGUGCCGAGAGGCCCCAGUGGUCCCCGGGGCCUCGCCCUGCACCGCCAUCUGACUGGGAGAGUGUGUGUGUUUGUCUGUCUGUCUGCCUGUUUAGACAUCUCUCUGGCCCAAGAUGCUCUGGUUCAGUUCUGCGUGGGUGGUCACCGCAGAUACACAUCCAGCCCCCCCCCGACCCAGGCCUUGCUGACACCAUGACCCCAAGAGGUGGGAGGCCAGGCUUUGUGUUGCCCUAGAUGUCCCCAGGCUCCUGCCACCGCGGAGCCCACGGUAAAGACCCCCCCCACCCCACCCCCAAAGAGGGAGAGGUCAAGAGUCAGCUGUGCACAGCCCAAGGUCGGGCUGCAGAACGGGUUUUCCCCGACGGUGGCCCGGCCGGUCUCUGCCGCCCCCGCCCCCUCACGCUCUGUCUCCACGGGGCCACCGGCAGGCACCGUCCGCGCCACGCACGGCAGACCACACGCGCUGCCUCCCGGAGAGCGCGGGGUCUGGCUCAGGUCGAUGAGACGAGACGAGACGAGACACAGGCGAGGUACACGUCUGUCUUACCCCCCCGCUGGCUUCUUGCCGCCGCCGAGAAGAGCCUCGGGAGGAAGGGGAUGUGGACAGGCCUGUGCGUGUGCGUGUGCACGUACGAUGUCCUUGCAUUGCACGUUCACCCCCCCACCCGAGACAGGAAGGACCCCUUGGCGAAACUGUUGACUUGCCGACUUGCCGCGUUUUUGCCAAAACCAAGACCCAAGACUUCGAAGGAAACCCCCGCCUUCAGCGUCGGGGCCCCGGGGGCGCGGGGCGGCCUCCGCGGUGGGCACGGCCUUGGGGUGGCUUCUCGCUUUCCUUCUCUGUAGCCAGAUUUUGAAAACUUGUGAGUUUCACUGGGCUCUGUUCCACAGUGGCCCUCUGCUAUGUGCCUCCUGAGAAAUUCGUCUUUUUGUAUAAAUAACAAAAGUGUUGGAAAUGUAUUUCCUGAAAUAAAUGUUCCAAAUGCAAACCUGGAAA